AUGGAUUACAAGAGCAAGCACCACCAGGUUGGUCCUGGUGACCGUACCCUAACUGUCCCAAGACAUGAUGGUGAAAAUGUACUUCCCAACCUACCAAUCUUUGAUAGACUGCUCCGUUUUGCACACCGACUGCCCCCGCGAGCUGCAAUCAGAGAUCUUAAUGCGGGGGUUGAGAAGACUUAUCUACAGCUUCUGACCGACGCACUCGCUCUUAGACGGGCGUUGAGAGAAAGUCUAAGUACAGAAACGCAGAGGCAACUGGAAGAGGACCAGGAAGUAUUUAUUGCCCUGAUAGCGCCCGGCGGAUAUGAAUAUGCCGUUGCCUUUAUAGCUAUCCUGGCCCUUGGUGCCGCUGUGGUCCCGAUAAGUCAGUUCUCAUCCCACAUCUACAAUGCAUAUACUAACACGCACGCAGCAACGGCCCUCCCAGUCCAAGAAGCCAAGUCCCUCGUUCUGCGAGCACAAUGCGCCGCAAUAAUAUCCUCAGACAAUGCAACAACUCUCACCAAGGGCGUCGUUGAAGCAAUCGGAGCCAACCUCCCCCAUCUCACAAUCUCCCAACACCUCCAACCAGCACCCCUAGAUGCGCACUCGAUAACGGUCUCCUCAAACCCCAUACCAAACAUGAACUCUGCGGCGCUCGUAAUCUUCACCUCCGGCACAACCGGCCCACCAAAAGGCGCCGUCCAACGACGCAGCUACAUCCUCGGCGCAGCCGAAGACGUCGCGGACCAGUACCGUCUCACAGAAUUCGAUACAGUCCAGCAUCUCCUGCCCGUGCACCACGCAACAGGGAUUGGGGUGACGUUCUUGCCGUUUCUCAUCUCCGGUGCAUGCAUCGAGUUCCGCAGUGGGAGCUUUGAUCCGGCUUGGACGUGGGAGCGCUGGUCCAAGGGUGGGUUAAGCGUAUUCUCGGGGGUUCCAACAAUAUACACCCGGAUGAUGCGGUACUUUGAAUCGCAUAUCGCAAGUUUACCGCCCUUGCAGCAGGAACCGUAUAUCCAGGGUGCUCGGAAACUACGCGUUCUUCUCUGUGGGACGUCGGCACUGCCUGGACCGGUUCAGCAAUUCUGGACGAAGAUACUAGACGGAAAGCCAAUUCUCACGCGGUAUGGAGGAACGGAGUUUCAUGCUGUGCUGAAGGCGGAUAUUGACGGGUCGUCGCCGCUAAAUAGCGUGGGCCGGAUAUCUCCAGGGGUUGAUCUGAAGCUGGGCGUGGAGGGGAUGGUCCUUGUCAAGGGACCGCAUGUUUUUGCAAAAUACCUCCAUGAUCCUGCCGCAACAGCCGCAGCGCACGACGCGGAUGGAUAUUUCAUAACCGGUGACAUUGCGCGACGCGAAGGGCCAAACUAUUUCAUACUUGGCAGGGCCUCGAUUGACAUCAUAAAAAGCGGCGGGUAUAAGCUGUCUGCUCUAGAUAUCGAGCGGGAGAUCCUAGGCUUAGACUAUAUAGGGGAGGUCAUGGUGGUGGGUGUUGACGACGACGAGUAUGGUCAGCGAGUUGCCGCUGCAGUUACUUUGAAGGAUGGGAGAAAGACGGUAUCGCUUGACCAGUUAAGAACGGACUUGAGAGGGGUCCUUGCUGGGUACAAGAUGCCGACUGUGCUGAGGGUACUGGAGGGGGAGAUCCCAAAAAGUGGGACGGGGAAGGUGCAGAAGAAGAUUCUAGGUCCGAAGUAUUUCCCUGCUGGAUGGAGAAGGGAGGAUGGCAUUCAGGUUUGGGAUAAGGGGGAUAGGCAGGUUCGGGCGAAGCUGUAGCCUUCCUUAUAUAGAAGUUAUAGAUGGAAUAUCAGCUCCAAUGCUGUUUGGCAUUGGACUGCCUAAAGGUAAACAUGAUAUUUAGACCUAUGUAUAUCUUGGCUGUCUAGAUCUUCGCCUUCGCC